AUGGUGUAAACGGGGCUUUAACAUUCCAACUAACGCCGUAGAGUAUCUCCCGCGGCUGUCGCUGCCGCAGCCGCCGCCGCUGCAUCUGCAGCAGACCUGGGCUCCCGCGGCUGCCGCUGUAGAGGGGCCGCCGCCGCCGCCUCUGCUGCAUCUGCAGCAGACCUGGGCUCCCGCGGCUGCCCCUGUAGAGGGUCCGCCGCCGCCGCUGCAGAGGGUCCGCCGCCGUGGAGCUUGACCGACCUGCUGCCCUCGACAACAACUUCAGGCGGAGGCAUCCGUGCUGCUGCCACCCUGCUCCUACCCUGCCGCCCUUGACCAAUACGUCCACGGUCUGCAACCUGCUGCAACUAUAGGCGUCUUCUUCAACUUCAGAAUCAAAGGCUCCAUUAGAAUCAGAAGAUGACCAUCGCAUCCCUUCAAGGAAUUCCAGCGCCUGAGAUUCCAUGCAUUGUUAUACCACCACCUCCAGCUUUUCCAAGUUUAGCCACUUCGUCUCCGAUCUGUUCCCCGUAAGUGCCCUCUGCCGGCGAACCAACAAAUGAUGUUGAAAAUAUGGAUAAUACAUUACGUGGAGCGGAAGAUGGAAUGUUUGGCCGCUUCUUUGAUGCAAAUGGUGUGAGUACCCUUCCUCAUCCUCCAAGCAGGCAGAGGUGGUAACUCAUGAUGUCUCACCAACGUCAACACACUCGUCUCCACUCAUCUCGGCUCGUAAACCUCCUGGUUGGCAUAUACAGUUUUUCAUCAGAAUAGAUCUGGGGGGGUUCUUACCACACGUAUCCUCGUCUGGGGGGGCCAUUCCGGAGCUUGGAGGAAGCUGAAAAGGCUAUCAAAAGCCAUCUUGAUGGCCUGCGCUCUCCAAUAAUGUGCAGAGAUGGGCUAUCGCCGGCGGAGGUUGCAGUGCGAUAUCGCCUUUAUUGGCCUGAUGGCACAAGGAAGAAGUCGUCCGAAGGCAAUCCCGGGCGUAGGAAUAUGAACCUAUUGGUUCAAGCUUUACUGGAUAAAUACAAUGAAGAUCACCAUCUUUUGGGGGAUCUUGCAUAUGAACUUGAUAAUGUUGUGUGCUCCCGACAAAUUUACGAGGAGGAGGGCGGCCUUAUUAACAAAUUCUAUCAUAUCAAUUUGACUGCAAAAACCAAAGGAGAUGAUGGUUUUCACAGUGGUGUCGACAAUCUAUUCUUUGGUGAAAUCACACGAAUAGAAGGCGAAAAUGAAGAAUACAUGCUCAAUUGUUUCUGUAUGGUUAAACCUAUUGACAAUGGCGCAUGCUCAGGUUGUACGGAGUACGGGGAGUAUGAUUUGAAGCACCCUGUUGAUGCUGAUAAAUACAAAGGUGGCCACUCUACCCCGGUCAUUCAGUGUCGUGGUAUCAAUCAUACUCCUUUCUUGCAACCGGAUGUACCUGUAUACAUCCGGAAUAAGCAGGAUUGGUUGGAGUUUGAGAAGGCUAUGUUGGCGAAGGAGGAGGCUAAGAUAAGAUAUAUAUAUGAGUGCCCUGCUGAUUCUCCUAUUCAAGCAAAAGUGGAUGGUGCAAGAAUGCCUGCUUGUUUGGCCAAGGGACAAGAGGAUGCUGGUUUGGCCAAGGGACGAGAGAGUGCUGGUUUGGCCAAGAGAGGAGAGGGCGCUGGUUUGGCCAAGAGAGGAGAGGAUGCUGGUUUGGCCAAGCGAGAGGAUCACCAGGGAAGCGUGAAGUACAUUGUACCUGCUAGGCGUGGGAUGGUGUUUUGAGUAUCCCCUCAGGUCUCUCUCCACUCAUGGACUUGACAACAGCUACAUGGCGAAGACAGCAUAGCAAUCUAUGGGGAUGUAGUUUGUUGCCACACCAUCUAUCAUAAUUGCUGUUUUUUAAAUUUCCAGUAUCCUUUGAGAAAGAUUGAACUCGUCAUGCAUCAUCAUUUGGAAUACUGUCGCUGUAUUGGUAGCAUGUAUGAUAAAGUUUGGUCGGAUUUUAUAUUGCUAUGGUACUGGAAUCGGAUGCACUUUCCAAUUUUGUCAGUUGUA